AUGAAGGUCCUCGAGGCUCAGGCGGCGGUACUCACUAAUUAUGAAGUGCUGCAGCAUCUGACCCAGCAAAAGGAGCGAUACAAGCAGAGGAAACGCCGCGGCCCUCCCAAUCUCGAGACCGUGGUCAGAGAGCUCAUCCAAUAUCUCCAGUCAUAUCCCAACCCUCUGAGCCAAAAGCCCAGCACAUACACCCCCGACUGCAUCUCGCGGCUGCUCGAGCGCCUCAGCCCCUACGAGCUCUCCAAGGGCGAGGUCGUCAUGAUUCUCAACCUGCGGCCGGCGUCGGUGGCGGCGCUCAACACCGUCAUUGAGGAGAUGGCGGAGCGCUUCAGCGAUGAGCAGCAGGAGGAGAUGGUGGCCAUCAUCUCAGAGGUCCUGGGCCAGUUUGACGCGGCGCAGGGAAGCGCAAACGACACGGGCGAUGGCGCCGAGGCCAAUGCUUCAUGA